AGAAUUCCAAGCCAGCCCUAAAUUUUAUUCACUGAUUUAUCUCAAGUCCGGAUAUCUGCGGCUCUUGUUUCCGAACUGUCCAAAUUCCUAAUUGAAGGAAAGUUUGCUGAUUUCCCGCCAAAAAAAAGUAAUUGUGUUGUGGAAUGUUGAAGCUGUUACUAGCAAACCAUGGACAUCACCUUCAAGCCCUCAAAUUCCAAUUUAGAAACCCUAAAUUUCUCGUACGCAUUUCUCAUAUUCACAGCACCUGCAAAACCCUAGUUCCCAAUUCGAAGCUAGGGUUCGUCUUGGAUGGGUUUGAAGAGCUACAAUCCUCAAAGCCGCAAGAAGAAAAAUUCGAGGGGGCAGUUGAAAACAAUGGACCAACAGAUGGAAGAAGGGGAUUGCCAGAGUCAGCUAGAAUUCAAAUUUCGCAUCCAUGGCCGGAAUGGGUCGACUUGAUGGAAAGAUUGUUGAAAGAUGGCUAUUUCGAUGAAACUGGAAAUCCAUUUCGAAAUGGUGAAAUGGCUUCGAAGGAUUCAAACCAAAUUAGGACCGCUUGCCUCAAUUUCGCGCGUGAUAAAUUUGAUCUUAUAAGGUAUUUCUCAAGAAAAGAUGUCCAGGUGGUUGCAGGAUCUGGAUGUCCAAGCGUAGAUAGGAAAGUUGUCAACUCAGGAAAGCGUCUAAGGGCGCACGUGGGCAUUGAUGAAGGAAAUGUAUGCAGCUCCUGCAUUCUGAGAGGAAACUGUGAGAGGGCAUUCGUAAAGGCACGUGAGGAUGAAGGCGGGCGGACUGUGGAUGUCAUGCGCUUCUUGUUGACAUAUGGACUUGAUCCCGUCACUGGCUCAGUGGAGAACAAACCAUUGCUGAAUAAAAGGGUUAAGGAAUCAGUGAGAAGGUUGCUGAAAGAAAUGGUGGAGUUUAGCAUGAAGGGAGUCGACUCCAAUCCCCCCAAAGCAACCCCCUCCACGUGGAAUUCAUCUGUGCAAGAAGAUUCAACUCACGAAAGACAAGGUCAAACCAAUAUUCCAAUGAAGCAAGGUGACUGGAUAUGCCCCAAGUGCAAUUUCCUAAAUUUUGCCAGAAACAUUAAGUGCUUGCGCUGUGAUGGGCUAUUUCAAGAAAGGCUAAAAAAAUUAGGGGAGGAUCAGGAGCAUCUUCCGUUGAAGAAAGGAGAUUGGAUAUGUGCCAUAUGCAAUUUCUUGAACUUUGCAAAGAAUACAAGAUGUUUGCAAUGUAAAGAGAAGCCAACAAAGCGGCAACUAAAUCCCGGGGAAUGGGAAUGUGAAUCGUGCAACUAUAUCAAUUUCAGAAAAAACAUGGUAUGCUUGAAAUGUGAUCAUAGACGGCCAAAAGCAUCAAAUCAUGCGGAUGAUUCUACUCAACCUAGUCACAGUAGCGGGAGCUAUAACUAUACUCAACCUUCUUUUAGACAAGGAAGACAAAGUGGAAACAGAGGAGUUGAUAUGUGGAGAUUUGUGGAGGAUGAGAGUGAAGAAAAUGAUGGCUCAAACUCGUGGAAUGAGAUUCCGGGACCUGUAGAUUUCCCCAUUAUAGGAGGUAAGAGCGAUUUGUCCCGGAACAUGCAGAAGCAAGAAAGCUGGAAGAUGGAGAUGGCAGAGAGGAGCGGAAAAGCUGCAAGGGCAAGAGUAAAUGCCCAUGAAUUCAAGUCUGCCAUCACCCAGAGUGCUGAGUUCCUUGAAUCAACAGAUGAUGAAGAGAUGGCUGAGUGGUUUGGGCAUAAAAGGAAUACGCAAAGUGACAGGCUUGUAUCGGUACCUGGUGAAAAUCAAGAUUGAUUGAAAAUCAAUGGAUGUGUUCUUUCAAAUUUAUAUGGACAUAAUGAGAGCAAUGAUAAAUCAUUCCAUACUUUGUCCUAAAACCUGGGACUCCAUUGAAAUUAAAAUUUCUAAGCUGCCCAUCUUUAUUUAAUCAUAAAUUUUAUGAUGAUGGGGAAAUUCAUUAGGAUAACCAAAAAUAUAUAUAUAUU